AUGAGAACCAAAAUGUUCCCGGGUUAUCCUUCCUUCGGCCCAAGCAUGCCUCCAUUUUCGAAGUGGAGGCAGUACCAGGUGCUGAAUUCAGCAGGGAGGCUGCGCUUCAAAGGGAAGUUACCCAGGGGAAUCCUCCGGGAGGAGCACCCUUCACAGCUUCCCGUGCUGAAGCUCCAGUCUCUGGAAGCACAGAGCAGCCCUCAGGCUGUCCAGGUACCUACAGCACCACUAACGUCUUUCUGUGAAGCUUCAGGCCUAGAAGAGAGAUGGAGAGGGAAUGAAGCUCUGCCCAUCUUAUUAGGCAAGCAUGCGUCCGAAGCUAAGCUUCCCAGCCAAGGAAUCCAUUUGCCUGCAUCGGUUCCCAGGGGAUUCGCCUCUCCUUUCCUUUUGCGGGCGGGGGGAAGCAAAUACUCCCGGCACCUUUUCAGCGGACGUGAUGACAGAACACAAGGUACGUUCCGUGCAGCACGACCAGCACAGCCGGGAGAUGCCCUUCCGGGGGAGGGGUGCUGGCUCCGAGCCCCGCCACACCCCGUGCCCGGGGCGCUCCCGGCGGAAGCGGCGGGGCCUGGCGGGGCCGAGGCGGCCAUGGCGGCGCAGCAGCGGGAGAUGGGGCGUCUGUCGGCGCUCGCCGUGUACCGCCGGGUGGAGGGGGCCGGGCGGCUGGAGCGCCGCCGCCGCCGCCGCGGGGCGCCUCUGCCCGGGGGCCGCAAGCGGGCCAAGGCCCGGCCGAGCCGCGGCCGAGCGGGAGGCGGCGGCCCGGAGCCGGAGGCCCCGCCGCAGCCGGCGGCGACUCCCGCCGCGCCCCCGACCCGCGUGGAGCUCCCGGCGGAGCUCCGCGUGGAGCCUCGGCCCGGGGGGGCGGCCGCCGUGCCUGAGGAGAAGCCGCGGGGCGGCCCCGCGGCCAUCCCGGGCGGCCCGCGGGCGGCGGGGGAGGACGGCGGCGGCGUGUCGGGGCUGCUGCGGCGGCUGGGGCGGGUGGAGGACAGCCGGACGCGGGCGGCAGAGCUGUUCCGCUGGCUGCUGGCCCCGGUGGCGCCGAGCGAGUUCCUGCGGCAGCACUGGGAGCGGGCGCCGCUGCUGGUGCGGCGGGGCGACCCCGGGUACUACGCGGGGCUCUUCUCCACGGCCGACUUGGACGCCGCCCUGCGGGGCGGUGAAGUGCACUUCGGCACCCACCUGGACGUGACCAGCUACGCCGAGGGCGUGCGGGAGACGCACAACCCGUCCGGCCGGGCCCUGCCUGCCGUCGUGUGGGACUUCUACCAGAACGGCUGCUCCCUGCGGCUCCUCUGCCCACAGGCUUUCUCCCCCACCGUCUGGCACUUCCUCUCCAUCCUGCAGGAGCAAUUUGGCAGUAUGGUGGGGGCCAACACGUACCUCACGCCACCGGGGACACAGGGCUUCGCCCCCCACUACGAUGACAUCGAGGCCUUUGUGCUGCAGCUGGAGGGGAAGAAGCACUGGCGUGUCUACAGGCCCCGGACGGAUGCUGAGGUGCUGCCCCAGUUGCCCAGUGCAAACCUCACACAGGCUGAGCUCGGUGAGCCUGUGCUGGAGACAGUGCUUGAGGCCGGGGACCUGCUGUACUUCCCCCGUGGCUUUAUCCACCAGGGUGACUGUUUUCCUGACGCACACUCGCUCCACAUCACUGUGUCUUCCUACCAGAGGAAUUCCUGGGGGGACCUUCUGGAGAAGCUCCUCCCAGCUGCCCUGCAGAUGGCCCUGGAGGAGGAUGUGGAGUACCGGCGAGGGCUUCCCAUGGACUACCUGGGGUACAUGGGGGUUGCCAACUCAGACGCAGUUGAUGCUCGGCGAACAGCCUUUAUGGAGAAGGUGCAGAGCCUGAUAAAGAGGCUCGUUGACUAUGCACCCAUUGAUGCUGCUGUGGAUCAGAUGGGCAAGUCGUUUCUUCAUGACUGUCUGCCCCCUGUGCUUACACAGAGUGAAAAGGCACGGAGCAUCUACGGCUUCCCAGCCCGGUGGCAAGAUGGAGGCCCUCACGAUGUUGAUAUACAGAUAACAAAAGACACCGAAAUACGCCUCCUCUGCCACGGCAUUGUUAGAUUAUGUAAUGAAGAAGCAGGUGUGAUGCUGUAUUACACGACAGAAAACUCAAGAGUGUAUCACAAAGAAGAACCUAAGUUCCUUGAGCUAGAUCCAGAAUAUAUAGACAGUAUCGAAUUUCUGCUGUCUUCCUAUCCAAAUCACGUCAGUGUCGGUAACCUUCCAUGUGAAACCUUGGAGGAAAAGAUUUCUCUAGCCACACUCCUGUUUGAGAAGGGCAUUCUGACUACAAAGAAACCUCUGGUGCAAGUGUAACUCUUAUUUUUUAAUGAAAUAAACAUAUAUUUGUUUAG